UUCCUAUUUGUCUUAUAGGUUUUGUAAGCGCCACCGGAUGAAAUCAAGUUCAAAUGUUCCCUGUGUCCCAAAAGACUUGUUGAUGAUGUCAGAACUAGUUCUUCCACAAUUCAUCUUUAGUCUUAUUCAGUACUUAAGAGAAGGAUAUAACGAACCUGCUCUUGAUCUGCCAUCAGAAAAAGACCUUCACAGAAUCCUUCAGAUGUUGGAGCCUCAUGUUUCCUUUCUAGAAGACUUGACCAAAAUGGGAGGAGCAAUGCGAUCAGUCCUUACCCAGGUUUUGACAAACCAACAGUUUUACAAAGAUCUGAGCUCUGGUGUUGGAGAAAAUGCAUGUGCAAAGAAAAGUCAUGAAAAGUACCUCAUAGCUUUGAAAGGCUCUGGACUGGCAUUUCCUGAGGAUAAACUUGCAUGUGGUAUGCAGGAGCAAGCAUCUGGGACUAGCACUUUAGCAAUUCAAGGUUUAGCAGGCGCUACAACAACAUCAGGACAAGGAGAGUCUUCAGAUGAGGAGGACCAGGAUGGAAGCCAAGGUGUGGGCAAGCGCAAGAGGGUGAAACUAAGCAGCAGUACCAAAGAUCAGUCCAUCAUGGAUGUUUUAAAGCAUAAAUGUUUUCUUGAAGAAUUAUUAUUUUGGACAAUAAAAUAUGAAUUUCCACAAAAGAUGGUAACUUUCUUACUCAACAUGCUACCAGAUCAAGAUUAUAAGAUUGCCUUUACUAAAACUUUUGUUCAGCAUUAUGCUUUUAUUAUGAAAACACUGAAGAAAAGCCAUGAAUCGGACACUAUGUCUAAUAGAAUUGUGCACAUCAGUGUUCAGUUAUUCAGCAAUGAAGAGCUAGCACGUCAAGUGACAGAAGAAUGUCAACUGUUGGAUAUUAUGGUCACUGUUCUAUUGUAUAUGAUGGAAAGUUGUCUUAUUAAAAGUGAGCUGCAAGAUGAAGAAAACAGUUUACAUGUCGUAGUGAACUGCGGGGAAGCACUAUUAAAGAAUAAUACUUACUGGCCACUUGUUAGUGAUUUUAUUAAUAUCCUUUCACACCAAAGUGUGGCUAAGAAAUUCCUGGAGGAUCAUAGUCUGUUAGUAACUUGGAUGAAUUUUGUAUCAUUCUUUCAAGGUAUGAAUUUAAAUAAGCGAGAAUUAAAUGAGCAUGUGGAGUUUGAAUCACAGACCUACUAUGCUGCAUUUGCUGCCGAACUGGAAGCCUGUGCCCAGCCAAUGUGGGGACUGCUAUCACAUUGCAAAGUUAGGGAGACACAAGAGUACACAAGAAAUGUUGUCAGAUACUGCCUUGAAGCACUUCAGGACUGGUUCGAUGCUAUCAACUUUGUAGAUGAGCCAGCUCCUAACCAGGUUACUUUUCAUUUGCCACUACAUCGUUACUAUGCUAUGUUUUUGAGUAAGGCUGUCAAAUGCCAAGAGCUAGAUCUGGAUUCUAUUUUACCAGAUCAGGAGAUGUUGAUGAAACUAAUGAUUCACCCACUUCAGAUUCAGGCAAGCCUUUCUGAAAUCCAUAGUAACAUGUGGGUAAGGAAUGGUCUACAAAUUAAAGGACAAGCAAUGACUUAUGUGCAGUCUCAUUUUUGUAACUCCAUGAUUGAUCCUGACAUUUACCUAUUACAGGUCUGUGCUUCUAGACUUGACCCAGAUUAUUUUAUUUCAUCAGUUUUUGAAAGAUUCAAGGUGGUAGAUUUGUUAACAAUGGCAUCGCAGCAUCAGAAUACAGUUCUUGAUUCAGAACAUGAGAGAUCUAUGUUGGAAGGAGCCUUAACAUUUCUUGUCAUUCUGUUAAGUCUUCGCGUACAUUUAGGAAUGACAGAUGACGAGAUCCUCAGAGCAGAGAUGGUAGCCCAGCUCUGUAUGAACGACAGGACUCAUAGUUCACUACUGGAUCUCAUUCCAGAAAACCCCAAUCCCAAAAGUGGCAUUGUUCCAGGAAGUUUAAGCUUUGAAUCAAUGUUGUCAGCAGUUGCUGAUUUUAAAGCUCCCGUUUUUGAACCUGGAGGUUCUAUGCAACAAGGAAUGUAUACACCCAAAGCUGAUAUCUGGGAUAAAGAAUUUGACCCAGUCAUGGUAAUUCUUCGUACAGUUUACCGUAGAGAUGUGCAAUCUGCAAUGGACAGAUAUACAGCAUUUUUAAAGCAGAGUGGAAAAUUCCCUGGAAACCCCUGGCCUCCCUACAAGAAACGAACACCACUGCAUCCAAGCUAUAAAGGUCUCAUGAAGCUUUUGCACUGUAAAACCUUGCACAUUGUACUGUUCACACUUCUUUACAAGAUAUUGAUGGAUCAUCAAAAUUUGUCAGAACAUGUCCUUUGCAUGGUUUUGUAUUUGAUUGAAUUGGGACUAGAAGAUUCACCAGAGCAGGAGUCUGAUGAAGAAGAUUCUGUUGGUGAACAUGAACGUUGCCAUGACAGUUGGUUUCCAGAUAAUAACUUGGUGUCUAACAUGCGUCACUUUAUUAACUAUGUUCGAGUGAGAGUACCAGAGACUGCUCCAGAAGUAAAGAGAGAACCACCUGCAAGUACCAGCUCUGAUGGUUUAGCUUCUUCCCAAAGUCCAAGGCGGUCUAAGAGCCUUCAAAGAGAGAAUUCAGGGACAGCUCAAGUGUUCAGCUUGGUUGCAGAACGUAGAAAGAAAUUUCAGGAAAUUAUCAAUCGCAAUAGCAGUGAAGCAAGUCAGGUAGUUCGUCCCAAGACAUCAAUGAAAUGGUCAGCACCUGGUGCAACACCACAGCUAACCACAGCCAUUCUGGAAAUCAAAGAAAGCAUAUUGUCCCUGCUAAUCAAACUUCAUCAUAAACUCUCAGGAAAACAAAAUUCUUACUAUCCUCCAUGGUUUGAUGAUAUGGAAGUUUUAAUCCAACCAGAAAUUCCUAAAUAUUCUCAUGGUGAUGGGAUGACAGCAGUAGAAAGAAUUUUAUUGAAAGCUGCAGUACAAAGCAGAUUGAAUAAACGGAUCAUUGAAGAGAUAUGCAGAAAAGUGACUCCUCCUGUACCACCAAAAAAGAUUAGUCCUGCAGAGAAGAAAACCUUGGAUAAAGAGGAAAGACGACAAAAGGCCAGAGAGAGGCAACAAAAGUUGCUAGCUGAAUUUGCUUCAAGACAGAAAAGCUUCAUGGAAACUGCCAUGGAUGUUGACAGUGAAAUCUCUCCCAGUGGUUUAUCAUCAUUUGGCACGCGGCUCACCAGGAAUGACCAGGUCCUCCAGGGUUUUUCUGUGGACAAAGGAGAAUUUACCUGUCCCCUCUGUAGGCAAUUUGCAAACAGUGUUCUUCCUUGUUAUCCUGGAAACAAUGUGGAAAGAAGCCUUUUACAAUGUCAUAGUAACAAGAGUAUGCAAGAUCUUAUAAAAGAGGUGGAAGAGCUUCAAGAACAGCUGGGAACUUUCCCAUCUGAAACCAAUCUUAGUAAGGAAAUGGAAUCUGUAAUGAAAGAUAUAAAAAGUACGACCCAGAAGAAAUAUACAGACUACAGUAAGACUCCUGGAUCACCAGACAAUGAUUUUCUCUUCAUGUAUUCUGUAGCUAGAACAAACUUGGAACUUGAACUGGUUCAUCGAGGAGGCAAUUUAUGCUUAGGCGGGGCAAGCACAGCUGGAAAAAGAUCUUGUUUAAAUCAGCUGUUCCAUGUUUUGGCCAUGCACAUGCGGCUUUACAGCAUUGACUCUGCGUAUAACCCAUGGAGAAAACUAACACAGCUAAUGCAGGAUAGGAAUUCACGGAUGAGCAGUGAAGAAUUACCAGAGGUUCCAGUACUUUACAGAGAUGUCUCAUCCCUUUUGCUCAUCCAGAUUUUAACCAUGCCACAACCAUUGUGCAAAGAACACUUUACCUGCAUUGUAAAGGUGCUGUUUACAUUAUUGUAUACCCAAGCCCUGGCAGCAUUUUCUGUAAAAUGCAGCGCUGAAGACAGGGUGGCUUGGAAGAACUCAGGAGCUCUGAAAAAGAAUACGUCCAAUGGAGAAAAGUCUUGGGAAGCAUUACUGAGUCAUGUGAUUUCUGAGCUCUCUAAAGGGAAGAUGUUUGAGGAAGGAGAAACUGAAGAAUUAGCAAUGGUUAGCUCUAGUGUUUGGUCUCCUGACUCAAUAGAGUGUUAUCUGCAGCAGUUCUGCCUGCCUUUCCUCAGGAUCACCUGCCUUCUUCAACAUCAUCUUUUCGGAGGGGAUUUACCCAGUUGUCAGGAAGAUGAAGAAUUUACAGUUCUUACAAACUGCCUGGGUCUAUUACCAUCAUCUUUUCAGUCACCACAUCAAUUCACCAGUGCCUCUUGCCUUGAAUGGCCAGUGCCAGCAUUUAAUAUGAUAUCACAGUGGUGCUUAGAAUUGGCUUCAUUUGCAGACAGACAUGCAGAACAAGUGAAGGUUUUGCUUAUACAGGAGCCUAAGUGGGACUUGCCAUGUCUCCUUCAGUUGCCUGAAAAUUAUAAUACCAUCUUCCAGUAUUAUCACAGAAAGACUUGUACUGUCUGUACCAAGGUUCCUAAAGAUCCUGCUGUUUGUCUAGUUUGUGGUACUUUUGUAUGCUUGAAAGGACUUUGCUGCAAACAACAGAGUUACUGUGAAUGUGUACUGCAUUCUCAGAACUGUGGAGCUGGGACAGGAAUAUUUCUUCUGAUCAAUGCAUCUGUAAUCAUCAUCAUUCGAGGCCAUCGUUUCUGCCUUUGGGGUUCUGUUUAUCUAGAUGCACAUGGUGAAGAAGACCGAGAUCUUAGGCGUGGUAAACCUCUCUAUAUAUGUAAGGAAAGAUAUAAGGUGCUUGAACAGCAGUGGGUCUCUCAUACCUUUGAUCACAUCAAUAAAAGAUGGGGACCACAUUACAAUGGAUUGUAAACUAUCACUACUAUUGUACCAUAUCAUCGCCUUACCAUGAAUGAAUGCAACUUGACUGACAAUAGCUUUAACUGAAUGUGGGUUUAGCUCUUUCACAGGGAGGGCGAGGGGGGGAGUGAAACUAUGCCAUUAUAUGAAGUCUUUCAAUAAUUAGGUGCUUUUGGUACCAAAUUAAUGGUAUGACAAUUUAAAAAUCCGUUCUGAAUGGUGUGAAAAAUCUAAAUUCAUUCAGUAGUCUCCUUUUGUUUUGUAUUUUUAGAAUUCCACUAAUGAUAAGAAGCACAAGUUGUACUUAUACUUGUUUAGGGAUGACAGGUCCCAGGAACUUAUAUUUCUCUGGGUGGAAUUGAGUCAUUUAGCAUCUUCUGCUGAAACACUAUAUGUGUAUUACAUCUGCUAAACAUACUGGAUAGAUUUUUCUUUGCCUUUCUUGUAUUAAUUUGAGAUUUUUGCUUGAUAUCCAAUUGUAAUUAUAUAAAACACAUGAUUUGUGAGACUGUAUAGUAACACUGGGUCUAAAAUAGAACUUUAAAGAACAUUUCACUUAUUGUGAAAGGUCUAUUGAAAGAUUUCACGCAUUGCUGAAAACCUUAUUUAUUCUCAGGAAUUUCACAGAUAUUUUCCAUGUAUAAAUGAAAUAGCUGCGAAUUAAGUAGCUUGCUAUGAAAACAGAACACGUAUUCUUUCUUAUUUUUUCUUUUCCAGAAAUGAAAUUUGCCAUUUCAGUUGAGUAAAUUACUGGUGAUAAUAUAUAUAGAUGUUACUGUAUGUACAAAAUUUGUCAGACUUACAACAUGGCAGGUUCUAAUUACAACCCUGCCUGCCUUUCGUUGCCAACCAGAUGCAUGUUUCAGAAUGAUUGGAUUGGAAACAUGUGGGUUAUCCUGCAAAUAAAACAUAAUUUUGAAUCUUUCAUGUCAGCUCAAGAGGUUCAUCUGUAUUGUAUUUGUGCAGAGUAAUCAGUGCUCUUUCUGCUUGAUUUCCUAAAAAGAAAAAAGCGCAAUAGAGGUGGCCCUGGUGAAUGAGCAAUGCAUCUGAAUCCUCAUUGGAAGAAUGCCGAAUAAACAGUUUAUAUUCAGAGGUCUUACAGAUCCAUGAGAAUAGGCAUGAUUGGGCUAAACUCCACACUGUAAGUAGGUAGGGAAGAUUACAGAUAAAUGCUGGUAUGUAAUAUAUUGCUACUAAGCUUUUCUCUCAAAUGAGUCAGACAUUUGUUGGCUAUUUCAUACAGUACUAUCAAGCAGUUCCUGGUACUAUGGACUUUUCAUAGCUUGUUAUGUAAAAUAAAAUUUAUAUGUGUAAAAUAAAAACAUCUAAUGCUAAAACCAUGUGUACAAAAUGAAAACAGAUCCCUCUUUAAGGGUCUCACUGAAAGUCAUUAUCUAGUGAAAAGUGUAUAGGGGAAAUACAAUGACCAUACAGCAGUCAAGAGCAGUGGACAGACAAAAAAAAUCCACUUAAAAAAAAAAAAUGUGAUGCCCUGAGGGUUUUCCCCAAGAUCUACAAUUAAAAUACAUUAUAAUGGUGUGCUGUUUUUUAUAUAUAUAUUUCAAAAGCAUUAGAAUACUACUUGUAAGAUUAGAAUUAUUCUGUUUCACCAACUGAAUAGCUAUGUCUUUUCCAAAAUACUACUUUUUUAAUAUUGUAUCAUAAGUUCAGCCUGUAAUAUUUUUGCAUUGCUCAUAAUGAAUUAUUAGGCCAUUUUGUAAACGUGGUUGAAGAGCAAAAAGAUUCUUUACAUCUCCAGCACAACAUUAUUACAGGGCUCACGAACUUGAGUAAUCUAUAGUUUGAAACUCUGAUGCUAUAUUUACAAGAGAUAAUGUCUCCAGAAAUUGAUUACUGUGUAUUAUUUAAAAUAGAAUGUUUUAUGGUUGUGCAUAUGGAUGUGAAGUAAAAUUAUUAGCCUUAACUUUAAAAUCUGGGUAUUUCAUAGUGUUUAUUUUGGUAUUGGUGAAUUAGUCACCAGUCAAUUAAAAAAAGAAAAAAAGCACUUGAUUCAAGAAUUUUACUUGAAUAUACAUGCAUGCUGCUAAACUAGAAUUUUGAUUUCCCCCAUAACUUUUUAAAGCCUGCUAUAUUAAGCUUACUUUGAAAAAUAACAGCUCCAAACUAGAGUGGUGGGUGUGGGUGUGUGCAUUCUUCAAAUGUACUGGUGUGGUAUCCUGGAUGAAUGAUCAUUUAAGUACAGUACAUUACUGUAGCAUUUAAAUCACUUUAUAACACAUCAAAAGGUACAAAAAUAGGAAUACAGUAAUCAACAUUGUAAGAUAUGUUAAUAAAAGUCUACUAUCA